UGGAUCAGAAAUAAUAAUUUUGGGAGGAGGGAAAUUUGCAGCGUGGAAAGAAGAAGCGCGGCGAGAGAGAUGGAAAAAGGCGGGACGGCGGCGAAGAUAGAUCUAAAGCAAGACGGUAUCGAGGAUCUGAGCGGCCGUGUUCAUCUCCUCCCUUGCUGCAUCAAGCACGACGGCCCCACCGAAGUUUCUCACUAUUUCAAACCUAAACCCACCGGCAUCGUCGGAGAAGACGGUUUACAAUUACAACAAUCACAUUUUAGGGGAAGGUUACUCGAAGGAACUGCACUUCAACUUCCAAACAACUACUCUGGUUUUGUUUUGGGAAAGAAAAAUUCGGCUCGUAAAUCGGAUGAUAGUUCUGAUUCGUGGGAGACUUGUGCUAGGUUUAAGGAUAUUACGUAUUGGAAUCAUGACUGUGUUCCUUCGCAGAAUGAUGAUUUCUUACGUGCUUUCCAUUGGAUCACUGUUGCUGAUGCUCUGCAUAGUCCUGUGACACCCGAGGAGUUAGCAUCUUUCACACUCUAGAAGCGUAAUGCUGUAGUCUUCGUGUUUCUGGUUAAUUUAUUCCUGUAAUUUUUAUGCUUUUGUUGUACCCUGUCUUCAAUAAUCCUUAUGUAUUUCCCCUUUUAUACUCAUGUUUGUUUUUCAGUUUUUUCUAUAUGAAUAUAAUUUGUAUCAUAGAUAGAAAACUUGCUAUCUCUAAUAGCACAUCAUCAUGUCUAGUCCGGCUUUCCUGAAGGAGGAAGAUAUCAUAAUUGUGGAGACACAGUGAAGAUGAGCCUGAAGACCUCAUAGAUUACAUGGAUAACAGUCAGUUCUUGACGAAUGUUCAUGUCUCAAGAGCCAGCUCCGUCAGUCUUGUUUUCUUCGAUUAAUUAUUAGUAACUCUUAUUAACUUCUUUUACCGAUGUCUUAUUGAAUUUAGGCCUCUGAUUUUAGUAGUUCA